GUUGUAUCUGUUGUACCUCAGCAUAGCAGGUGCUCGUUUGCUGUCGGUUUUGUAUCGGUAAUAACAUGAAGCUUGCGCUCAAUCGUCGGUGCAACUCGCCUCAGAAGUUGUUCAUCUUGUCGUGUAUCGCAAGUGUAUCCGAAUUUAGGUGUGAUGUUGAUGAUCGUGUACACGUCCUGAGAGUAGUUCUUGACAACAUGGUAGAGCUUUGUUCCCUUUUCAGUACAGAAGUUGUACGCAUUCUCAACAUUUUUGUUCUAUCGAUCCUAUUAGUACUUACCCGCCUGCUGUCUCUCCAUUCAACUACAAAAAUUAGUGCCGAAACCGUCCCCGAACACUACACUUGUUCAGUACUCGUUUUUUUAUUUUUUCAAUCGAAAGACAUGACCGCUGCACCUCAGGCGGAGAUAACCACGACUUCUGCUCCUGAUGGUCCUUUCGAGCCACUGGAAACGCCAAAACCAAUAGUGGUAUAAAACAUUCUUUGUGAUGUUGAGAUUUUUCAGAGCUUUGUUUAGGAAAAUGAACGAAGAAAUAGAUCUUGACCAUCUUCAUCAAGUACGUCGAAUCACGAGCUAAGAAAUCGCAAAUUAGGAUCUCCACCAGGUAAGCCCAACUCCGCCGGCACCAGUUUCUCCAGCACCCAACACAGGAGGUAUUGAUCCGAAUAUUAGCGAAAAGAUGCAGCAGGCAGCAGAGGAAAGCCAUCCUGCUCCAGAGCAAGCGACAGGUGCACCUCUAUCUCAACCAUCGAAGAUAGCUUUCGAUGAGCCGCCACCACCAAAGACGAGGCAGGACUUCCUAGGUCCAUUUUUAACGAUACAACGGAAAAAUUCAUCGGCAGCAUCGGAGGCAAGCACGAGAGCCAGUAGUGCUAUUGAUGCAGAUGCCUCGGAACCAGAGAAAGAGAGGAGUCCGGUAGCUUGAUUUGCUAUAUUGUAGUUCUCGAUGGCUGACGAUGUUGGGUAAUAUUACAUAAGCCACCAAGGUGAAUAACAAAAAUGUAAGGGUUCUACUUUUUAUAGGAAAGGUUUCUUAUUAUACCACAGCUUGAAGACGGCGAAGUUGAAGUCGAGGAUAGUGACAGUGAUGAUGACUCAGACGACGAAGCGGAAGAACCAGAGACGCAUUGGGGCUGGACCGUUGCCAAGUACUUACUUUUUUAGCUUUGACGGUAGCUUUCGGAAACUACCUAUCUUUAUUGACGGUUGUGCUUACCGUUACCUUAGACCGACAGCGACAUUCUUCAUCACGACAAGGACAUCAAGGCUCUUGUAGUCACAAAUAAGUAUCUACUAAAUCUAUCAUGUUGUUGUUGCUGGUCGUAACCUAUAAUAAUAUUUCGGAAACUGCCUAUGAAAAUUCUUGUCUGCAUCCUGCCGGUUCAUCCUCAUUUCCUCUCCACUCCCACUACAGGUAUUGCGGUAUGGGGCUUCUCACGCUUGCAAUUCUAUUCGAUGAAAUGGAGUAAAAACGCUAUGCGUGGAUUUCUGUGUAAAGCUGUAACGUUGCAGAGCUUGAUGCCACGGAGUGGAAUAUAUUUUUAUUUAUCAGAUUGAUGGCCAAGGUGAACUUGUUGAUAUGUUGAUUUCUCUUGUUACUACUUGAAUGAUAGUUCAACUUUCGCUCCAGAUGAAGUCGAACCUGGCGCUACCUCCACCUGGUUGAUGGUCGAUUGUACUUCUAGACCAGAGUCAACAAGUAAACGAUUUUCUAACAUCUAAUGAACUCAGCAGUGACUGGUAGUCGCGGUAGAGUCACUUGUCAUGAUAGUGCGCGACACUAUCGAUUCAAGAUAUGUUUUCCCGUUAUUUGAUGACAUUGAUUGCUCACAAGUACUGAACUCAUGUUUCGUUUGUUUGUCCUCGUAUACGUGUUUCCUCUCUUAUUUAUUGGCUGUAAUUGCACAGCAGUCCUUUUUGUUCUUGGCGCGAUAGUUGUGCACCAUUUUUGUUCUUAAGUCGUUUGUCCUUAUGUACAGCAAGAUUAACCCGAUUACUUAAUUUGUUCAGCUCUUUUGAUUCUUUCCAAGAAUAAAGAUUCAGAAAUUUUUGGUUUAUGAUGGACGAGAGGUUGCAGAAAAGUACUACAAGAUGCGUCGUAGAUGCUUCCGUUGAUUGCUCUUUCACUUGUAAGAACGUCCCUGUUGUUAUAACGCCUGCUCUGACGUCCCUUUUCUCAGACCGAGACCUUCAUCGUUGAAAUUAAAAAUGAAGAUGUGGAGAAAUAUUCUCCUUUCAGAAUCCAAAAUUAGCAGAACUGCAGGUCUUCUAAGUCAGUCGUGUCAAUCAGAAUCAUGAUUCUGUCUUCCAACAUUAUUGAUGUUUAGUCUACUUUACUACUUGGCUUCGAUGUCUUUCUAGUCUAAAUAUCUCGUCCUGAGGACAAGGACAAGGUGGAUAAGAUAGAUAAAAAACACGUUGUUCCAUUCUCAGGUGAAAUCUUAGGCAGAUCGCCGAUUAGAUUAAAGUCAUCAUGUUGUUCCAUUCUCAAGAAAAAGAACACAGUCCUCGCGCAACAGGAACAACGACAGGCUACCAAGAUUCUAAAAAGACGAGAAGCUGCAACUGCAAGGGCAAGCAGCUGUAAGAGAAAAAACACAACAAGGGCUACCUAGUGUCUAACAAGCCCACAUCAAUGAUUAAGUGAUAAAUG